AUGUUCAUCGAUAAAGUACGUCAAAUCCGUAUACCGAAUCCACCGUCACUGUCCUACGAACUGAAUGUUAAACACGACGCAGCGGCUCCAUAUGUUCGCGAGGCAGCUGCCCAAGGAGCAACUUUUACCCCCCUUCGGUUGUUAUUGGUGCCCAUUUUCCUUAUGAGUCAAGUGCAACAGAUUGCGGGACAAUUUAAGAUUGUUAAUCUCAACACAGCCAACCUGACCUCCUCCUCAUCGAACAGAACCACCGGUAGUGUAAACUUUGUUCAGAUAAAACCAAUCGUGAUAGCAAACAGCUCCACAUUCACCGAACUUCCCGCAAAAUCAGCGAACGAAGCAUCUAGAGCACUUCAACAGGACAAAUUUCCAGCAAUGAUGGUAGAAAACAAAUUCAUAAAACUAUCCAUCGUCAACUCCACGACCUUCGACAACAAAACGCGUGAACGAAAGAUUCAACAAGCGGUCGCGAAUGCGCGCCAAAACGAACUACCAACCGAGAUCUGGGUUAAAACUCAUCGACCGUUGACAGACACAAAAUUUGCUUCCGUCGUUGGUUACGCCAAGAAAAGUAAAAUACGCUCUAUGAUGCAAACGGAACUAGAUGAUCCACCGAAAAAAUCGACAGCAACAUCUUCUAAGUCGGGACGGAAUAAGUAUCGAAAUUUCAAAUCACGCUGCCGUUGCGAACGCAUAUGGAACUGUGUCAGGAUACAGAUAUCAGUGGCGCGCUGUGCGCCUGAUUUUUUUAUGUGCUGUUUUUGA